CAUAUGUGGAUCCCUACUAGUUAGUACUUGCAUCAAUCUUUCCCAAAUGUUAUCAAAGUUUAGUCUGUUGGAACCAAUAAGGCUAGAACCACUCAUGAGGGAGAUGGAAAUCAUGGACGCAGUUGAAAGAUAUGUUUAGAAACUGUUUGCGUUUAUAAAUUAUCCACCUUCGGGUUCUUUGAUAGAAUCAAUUGCCCCACUUACCAUGUCUCAGCUUAGUAAACCAGUUAGUGAAGUUCCAGAAGCUACUGCUUCCAUAGCUUCAAUCUUUCCACCAAACAAUUCUGAGUCUUCUGGUUCAGCACCUAAUGAAACAAUUCCACAAAUCUCUCAUUCCAUAGCAUCAGUCUUCCCACCAACCAAGUCUCAGUCUGACAGUUCAGAAUCCAAUGAAAGAAACCUACAACCACAACAGACUCAUCCCAUACAGUCAAUCUUCCAGCCAACCAAGUCGCAUACAAGCAGUUCGGAUAGCCUGCAUAAAUGUUCUUCUUCUACUUCAAUACAAGCACAUUUCCGAUCAAAUAAAUUGGAACAUUCUACUGAAUCAAUCCAAAACAGUACUUCAAUCCGAUUGUCUGAACCUGAAAGAGUUCCUCUGAGUAGAGUGGAAGAAAGGCUGAGCAGAGAUCAGAUUAAGCAGCUGAUACAUAUGCUUCGAGUCAUGGUUCCAGCCAAUUCAAAAACGAGCUUGGAAUGCCUCCUCGACAGCACGACAACGUAUAUAAACGAGCUGAAGGGGAAACACCAGAGUUCGGAGUGCCAUAAGGAGUACUUGCAGAAGCAAUUGGAGAGCUUGGUGAAUAAUAUCAACGUGGGGAUAGCGGGAAGGAAUGCGACGAUUUUGAUCCAAUGUAGUAAGAAUCACUCACCCUCGACCUUAAUGGUGGCGUUGAUGGAGCUAGAGUUAGAUGUGUACAAUGCGACCUGGACAGUGGUGAACGAUUUGAUGAUGCUACAUGCUGUGGUGAACAUGGAAAGUGGAUUUUACACACAAGAGCAGCUCAGGCUAGCGUUAUUGGCCAAACUUGGCCUAGCAUUCUUUCAGUAGGAGCAACUAGAGCUGCUCUUCUUUUUCUUCUUUUUUUUUUCCUCGAACUUUCUACGAAUAAGCCAAUAAGAUUUUAUUUGGUUAUUUAGCUUAUUUUCAAUGCUGGCUCAAU